UAUAUGCUAAUCAACCCGGAACUCGCGGCGGCGUCCUCUUUCAAACAAUCUGUGGACGUUGGAGGCACGUAUCAGAUACGCAAAGGGUUUGGACCGGGCUGCAGGAUGUCCUGUUCCAGCAACGUGACCCGGGUCGACGCAUCAUCUGUGGGCCAAGCCCCCCGGCAACCAGUGCACAUGAUCCCCUGUGAGAUUGAGCACAACGGGCCGGCGCAGGUCUCCCAGUACUUUACAGCUGCCGUGAAGGACCGAAAACACGAGAAGACUGUGUCGUUCAGGGGUCGCGGUCUCAAAGGACAGGAGCUGACCUGUCCACAAGGCUACACUGGACUUGUCCUCAAGGAGAUAAACACGACCAGUUCUGAUCAGGAGGACAGGACCUUAAAGGUAUCCUCAGUGUUUGACAAGCUGACUUACUGGAACCUGGAGACACCCCCUAACUCUGACGACGCUGUGGUGAUGGCGAUGGACUGGCCUGAGCUUGCUGCAGCGAUUCACGGAGCAGUGGACGACUAAAGAAAGUCCUGGUUGAAGAAUAAAGGUUUUGAAACACAACAUUCUUAGCUGGUGACUAAACAAAGUUCAAAUGAGUGAUUGUUACAGAGCAAAAACAAAUUGAGUAUUUUGUACUGAAUAAACAAUUACUUCAC